AUGCAGCUCAAAUCAACCACCCUCCUCAUGGCCCUUGCCACCCUCACCACGGCCAGCCCUAUCACCACCAAAAGAACCACAGAGAUAGCAACAGAUAACUGGCCUGUCUCUGGCUUCUCUGUCGGCUGCUCUCCUGCCGCAUGCGCCUACAAAUUCACCGUAACCCGCGCUACCGGCUCCACCAACCCAGGUUUUAAUACUACCUGCGAAGGCAACGAUUAUACAUCUGAUUGGCACUCAUGCGCCGAUUCCUCUGUCUCUGCAAGGAUUGUACCCAAGAUAAGCCCGUUCUGGGAGGCUGACGUUAUGCAUAGAUAUGAUACUCUCAAUCAGGAAGGAUGGGCGCAGGCAUUCGCCAAUGCGACGGUGGAGGAUACGGUGUCCAAGUUUAUUGUGACGGUUUAUCAUAUUGAAGGUGUUGAGUAG